AAAACAUAGCAAAUAGCGGCGGCACCGCGUACUCCGGGUUUUUUGAAACCGGGGUCUGUAGUCUUCGGUCUAUUAUUUUUGUGAGUAUUGCCAGAAAUUCGUUUGUGAAUGACCAUGUGAUACAAUCACCAAGAUUUGAAAUCAUUUUCUUUCUAUCCGGAAUAAUUUUCGUAAACCAUCUAAGGUUGUUAAUAGCAGUGACGAUAUUGCGAAAAAUGUCCAAUUUUGUCAAUCUUAUGAUCACCACAAAUGCCUCAAAAUUAAGAUCUGAAAAACGUUAUCCGCUUGAUAUAACUUUGGGUCAAUUGAAAGAGAAGCUAGUUUUAGUUACAGGUUGCGAUAACCGUACAAUGAAAGUAGAGUUGUUUGAUAUAGAGGAUAGAUCCUUGGGUCAGUUAGUUGGUGAUGAUAAACCACUUUGUGAUUUCGGUAUUGAAAAUGGGAUGCACAUUCAUGUAGCAGAUCCGGCGAUACAAGAUGGAGCAUACGACCAAGUUGAGGAAUCUGUUGAAACUUACCGCAUGUCGGCUGAGGAGUAUGCAAAACGUGAGGAAUCAGUGUUGGCAUGGAAACGGCGUAACAAAAUUGGGCAAUUUCGAGACGUUGAUCCUGAAGAAAAGAAACGAACAGAAGAACAACGUCAAUUGGCAGAAUUUCACGAAAAACAAAAUGCUGAAUCAUUAUCUAUAGGUUCUCGGUGUGAAGUUCGAAUUCCUGGUCAACCGACAAAGCGAGGUGUGAUAGAAUUCGUUGGUCAAACCAAAUUUAAACCUGGUUAUUGGGUUGGAGUUCGUUAUGAUGAACCUUUAGGAAGGAAUGAUGGGAGUAUUGAUGGAGUACGAUAUUUUCAAUGUCCGGAAAAGUAUGGUGCAUUUGUAAAACCGCAAUAUGUUGAAGCUGGUGACUUCCCUGAACUUGGUAUUGAUGAUCUAGAUGAAAUUUAAUUAUUUAUGAUGUUUAUAUCAAUCUACUUGUAUAAAAGUGGGAAUAUUUUUAUACAUUCAAUGGAAAAUGUAUCAUGCAUAAUAUAUUUGAUAACUUUCUGUUA